CUCUCUCUCUCUCUCUCUCUCUCUCUCUCUCUCUCUCUCCCUCUCUCUCUCGGGUGAGGGGGCCAUGUCGCAACUACGUGUUCUCAUAAAUGUAUGUGGUGUCUCAUGCAAUAGAUGGAACCCGCGAUUGCAUCGACUGUCAACGGCGGAGAGACAUGCACCAUGGAGACAGAGGACAUUCUGAAGGGUGCAGAUGGCAGCAAGGAAGGGAAAUCGGUUGGCGGGAACAACGCAGAAUGUGCAGAGGUGCUUGCGACAAUAUGUGCACAGACCACAGAGAUGAUGGGUGAUGGUGAUGAAACAGAGAAUGAUGCAGGAGGGAGUACUUGUGAGACGGAAACUGUUGGGGAAGAGAGAGAGGAGGGAGGUAUGGGAAGCAGGGAAUCUCUAACAGGGUGUAUUAUGAAAGAUGAAAAUGUGGUGAAGACAUCAGCAGGAGAAGAGUACCCUUAUGACAUCAACUGGGUGUCGGGUCGUGUUCAACCGGGUAUUGUUGGAGGAACACCCUGCUUUGCGUUUAAAGUCGAAGGGACAUGGGUUUCAUUUCCUGCCCCCAAAAAGAAUACAUGGCGAAACGUGACUCUGUCAAUCGUGUUUGACAGAAUAUUAAGGUUGGACGAUGGGGCAACAACAGAGCUGAAAGGGCGAUAUGCAUUGGACAUGUGGCGUGUUCUGGAGGCGCAGGGCGAGUUCAGGCUGAACGAUUUUUUGUACGACAGUUUUGAUUGCGGACAGACAUGGGUGAUUGGCGGGAACGACGCAACAGGUCCUACGACGUGCCACGAGAGCGAUGCGAGGAGGGAUUCUAGGUGGGGUUGGGUGCCAUGUGUGAUCCCGAUUCCAUGUGGCCGUGUGAGGAUGAUGAUGCGUGAUGCCAUGGGAAAUGUCUGGACCACGCAUUAUGUGAAUGACAACUUCUCCUUCAGGCACCUCGACAGAGAGGUAUCAGAAGACGAGAAGAAGGCAAUGGCAUGUCCUACCCAUACUGCUGGCUGCUUUUUCCUGCCGCUUCGGAACCCUGUGGAGUCGGAGGUGGUUGAAGGAAAAGUUUUCACUGGUGAGGAUGGCAGCACAUACACGCAUGCAAGAGGGCAAACCACGUAUGAUGGAGUAUGCUCGCACAUAUGGGACCAUGUCACAAUGAGGAGUGGCGUGCUGUCUUCCAUGGACAUUGGGGUCCGUGUCAUCCCUGAAGGACAGUUGCAACAGCAUAUGGCCCCUGAAAAGUAUGGCUAUCGUGUCAAUUGGGUCCCAUGAUGUUUGCAUCCUGCAGUGGUUGAUGGCAAGGUGACGAUGACAGCAAGACUGCAAUCAGGGCAUUGGCUCCCAUUGG